GAACUUUACGACUGUUGCGUUACUGGGAGGAUCUGUGUUUUUCUUACCUAUCAUUGUCGUCAGUCGUUAAACCCAAUAUUAGUUUUAAUCGUGGAUAGUACUUUUCUGAUACUUCAUAAUGACAGUCUUGGGUGAGGACUGGUUUGCUGUCGGAGACAUUUAUUUCAGAAAGCUUCAUCUUUACGAUAUGCCAUGGGGUGUGGGAUUUUCAAUAUCACAAUUCAAGACAUCCAUUUGUCAGUAUUCUGGUUAUAUCGGUAGGGAUACUUUUACCAGUAGUUUUAGUUUACUUAGCAAUGUAUUUGGAUGGCCAAGCGGGAGCAAAACCUAUACUUCAAAUAUAUACAUCAUCAGGAAAACUCGUUUCUCAAAGUGUUUGGAAAGAUGCACCUGGUAUAUUGCUUGGUUGGACUUUGUCAGAGGAUUUGUUAGUUAUUCAAAAAACGGGAUUCACCACAAUAUUAGAUCAUCAGGGCAAGUUUGUUCGACGUUUCAGUAUGGGACCUGAAGCUGAAGAAAGAGAAAUAAUUGGUGCUAAGCUUUUUACCAUUGAUUAUAAUACAGGAAUGGCUAUUCUUACCGGUGGAAACCACAUAUAUGUAACCACUAGUAUCGAGACUCCUCGUAUGCGACGCCUUGUAGAAUUACCUGGACCAGUAAAGUCUUUAUCACAUUGGACUAUUGUCACAACACCUCUUGAAACUGGAACACCUGAUUCUUUUCGAAGCCCAUGGGUGAUGUUUUCAAACAACAAGAAUUUGUACCGAGCUGACUUUGGAACAGUUGAAGGUAUUGAUUUGUCAAAGCUUACUAGGUCAGCUGGCUCUGAUAUUUGCCUAUUGUCAAUAUCUUUGAAUAUGCAAUUUGUUGCAAUUUAUUUAACCAAUGGUGAAUUGUUAAUUACCAAUACACGAUUCACUGAAUUACAUUCACACAUUGACUUGACCCAACGUAUAUCAGUUAUGUUGAUGAAUAAUAAUAGUAAUUCAGCUAAUCAAAAAUUAAAUCACCCUAAAACGAUGCUUUGGUUAACUAAUUCAGCUGUUGUACUUCAAUGGAAUAAUUUAAUUGCUAUUGUCAGUGCACAGUCCGAUAUUUAUGAAACAUUUUAUGCUGAUGAUAUAUGUUUAGCACAAGAGAUUGAUGGAAUUCGCAUUCUAUCACCUACAUCACAUGAAUUAUUACAACGUGUACCAUCCCCAUUAGAAUCACUUGGACGUAUUGGAGCAUCGUGUCCAGCCACAUGGUUAUUGUCUGCAAGCAAGAGUUUAAAAAUCAAUUGUGGACGUACUAAUGAUUAUUUAUUGCCUAUUAAACAACCUAAUGAAAUGAUUGAUGCAAUAUCGCAUUGUAUUGAAGCAGCAUGUCAUGCAACUGUUGAUCCUAUUUGUCAACAAGAACUACUGGAAUCUGCUCAUUUAGGUCGAGGAUUAUUAUCAGCUAUGAUGAAUACUACUUCUGAUACUGCUAUUUCUUCUACCACUGUUACUAACAAUAAAAAUACAGAUCAUUAUUCAGUCGGGGCUAAAUUAAGAGAACUUGCGGAUCAUGCUGCAAAGGUUUGUCAAACUUUGCGUUUGUUAAAUAGCUUAGCUGUUCCAUGGCUAGGUAUUGCGUUAACAUGGCGUCAGUUUCGUGAAUUAGGACCAAACAAAUUGUUUGAACGUUUACUGAGUCGCUGUCAUUAUCCAAUGGCGAUUGAACUUGUUCGAAUCCAUCAAAAACAUAAAUGGCCAAUAAGCAUUCUAGAAGAAAGUCAAAGCAAUUAUGGGACAUGCACAUUUACUCGUUUACUUGCUCAUUGGGCGUGCAAUAGUUCUAUAACAUCUUCAGAAGCAGCUACAUUGAUAUCAGAACGGGUAGCAGCUAUUGUGGAUAAGUUAUUCAACAAUUCAUCAGAGAGAAAAUCUAAGUCUAGUAAUCAUCAUGCCAACUAUUACAGUACCUCUAUUCCUCAUUUGGAUUUUGCUGAUGUAGCUAGUCAAUCUAUUUCAGCUGGUCGAGAAACAGUUGCGGAGCAAAUAUUAGAAUAUGAGCCACGCGCUUGGCGUCAGGUACCAUUACUUCUUAAAUUAUCUCGUUACAAUCGUGCAUUAGUUCGAGCAGUAGAGACUGGAAAUCCUGAACUAAUUAAUACGGUCGUGGUAGCAUUGCAAGAACAAAGUAAAUUACCACCGGCAGAUCUUGCAAUGGUACUUCGUCGGCAUCCAAUAGCUCUGGCCAUAUAUCAAGAGACACUGGAACAAGCUGAUCAUUCUAAAUCUGGUUCUGAAAAUUCAACAAAAUCUGCUCUUUUAAAUUUUGAUCAUGAAAAUGACCGUGCUUCAGAAGCUAAAAAAAUUGUUCUGUCAGCCUAUCAAGAAAAUAGCUUGGUUUCGCGAUUGACAUUACUACAAAAUGCUGAGGAGAUUUAUCGUCAAUCAAAGAAUGACUUUAUGGCUCAGCAAUGUAACGCUCAAAUUCGCCUAUUGAAAUUUCAAAGUAAACUUGAGAAACAAGAAAUAUCUGCUCCUGUCUUCGAAAUUAAAUCCAUACCCGGCUCUAAUCGUAUAUUACCGGAGGUAGUACAGUCUAGUAGUAUAAAUGAGAAGCUUUGGGUUGGUCAAUCGUUAAACACAACACUCAGUCGUUUAUUAGCUUCCGGGCAAUCCGAACGUCAAGCAGAUCAGUUACGCAGGGAAUUCAGAGUUUCAGAAAAACGUUUCGCUUUUCUUCGUGUUGUUGGUAUGGCUAUCAACAAUGCAUCUUGGUCAGAAAUGGAUAGAAUGAUUCGAGCAAAAAAACCACCGGUUAAUGUUGAGGUACUAAAUAAGAAUCUAGAUAAUUGUUUUCUAAUGAUUAUUCUUUGUUAUAUUAUAAUCACUAUUUUGUUUCGCAAUACAAGCACCCAAAAAUAUCCUAGUUGGGAGUUUUAAGUGUGCUAUUAUUUGUGUUAAGUUUUUUUCAAAAUUUUCUAUCAGCACCAUAAGAUUAGACAAGAUGGUGUUUCUUACUACUGAAUUAGCAAUCAAUCUCAGUUCUUCAUUAGAUUAAUGGGUGGAUCGAAUAGCUCAUUCACAACGUCUUAGGUCGUGAGUUUCGUUGACGUGGGUUUGAAUCCCAUAGGAAGCACCAGUUCCUUCAAAAUUGGAGUUAUACCUUGAUACCGAGCGCCAACUAGCACGAAACGUAUGUCCAGGGUCUCCUGCCGAAUACAUCAAACUAUCUAACACCGGCUGUACUUUUUAUCUAAAAAACAAGAACAAUAAUGCUUGUCAAAUCCAUUGAACAUCACAGUUCUCUUUUCUAAUUGACGUUUAUAUCAAUGUUGGUAGAUUAUUAGGAAAAGAUACCGGAUGACAAUACAUCAGUAUUUAGUUUAAAUAGUUUUGUGGAAAUUGAAUUCAUUUUUAGUUGGGUACCAUAGAAAACUGAAGGGCAUUUUACUCCCUAGCAAUGUACACCAAAGACCCUGCUCGAGGUCGGAACCAGAACCUGCAGUUCUUUCAGCAAACGCUUAAGCACUAGUACCACUGGGUACAAUCUCAUUUUCAAUCAGUUUACGAUAUGGCGCGACGAUCAUCUAAUAUCAUCGGCAACAACUGUGUUGCUCUUGACAUGUGUGACCUGUACCAUUCAUGAAUUCACAGUAGAAUUUGAUGAAUAUAUUGAAGUCACCAAUGAGCUGACCAUUACAGUUUGGCUAAGUAAUUUUGUGGAGAUUGAUUGUAUUCGUCACUAGAAUAUCAUAAAAUUGUCAAACAACAGCAGACUUGUUUUUUUUAAUGUAGGAUCAAGAUAUGAUAUAAUGAAAAAUUUGAAUUUUUAACAAAAAUAUAUGGUAGUUAUAGAGAGCGUAUAAAAUGUUAUUUAAGCAAAAAUGGUUAAGAAACUUUUCCACAGAAUAAACCAGAUCAAUUCAAAUUAAACACCAUACAAUUUAGUUUCUUAGACUAUGAUGAAUGAAUUAACGAACUCAUAUUAUUUAAAACAAGUCACUUGACCAAUUGGAACAUACAGAUGUAGGGUUUCGCACUCCUAAUUGGAGUGGUCUAUUCAAUCCUAUAUCAAGUUGUAUAUUUAACAGAAAAAAGCAGCCACAUUAGUUUUUAAUUAAGAAUUCAUAUCUUCUACUUCAUUUUUGGUUUGCUUGAAACGGUAAAAAGCAACAAUUAGAGCAGUAACUUGACGUAAUAUUCACGCAGUGACUUAUGGGUUCCUACCUCCACCUAAUUUAGCUAUAUUCGGUUCCACGCAGACAUUCUAUAACUAUUGGCUAUCACAUUGCAAGAAUAAUUGCUCCUCAAAGCUUAAUUAAUCAGUUAAUAGAAAGUUUUAUUUCAAAUUUUAAGUCAUACUCUUAUUAUUUUUAUCAUACAAAAAGAUAUUAAUCAAAAUUUGCAUCGACGGCAAUCGUAUAGAUGAAGCGGUAAAACUAAUUUCUAAACUUCCACCUGAACGAACAGUCCGUUUCUGGGUAAUGGCUGGGUAAGUCGCUUUUUUUGUUAAUUACAGUAAUAUAGAAUUAUUGGUUGUAACUAAGUAUAGCUAUGACUUAUUAUGAGAAAUAAUCAAUAAUUCUACAGGACUGAAAGCUCUUCGAUGCCUAUUUACGUCGUUGUUAGUAGUGCAUAAAGAGAGAACAGAAAGUAAUUAAAAUAACAAGAGUGAAAUACUGACUUUGUUCUUUAAUUUAUACAAUUUCAUAUAGUUAUCUACUAGAACAAAACAGUCCAGUGCUCCCUGAUUUUCAGUGGUAUCUCAAACAAGAUUAAUCUGUAAUAAAUACAACCCACAUACACUAUAGUUCUGUAAACCUACAAAAUAUAUAGUAAUCAUAAUUAAGUCUCGUAUUCAUUCAGUUCAACAAUCUAAAAUCGAUGGGAUUAAGUUUUUUUAAAACAAGAAUGUUCCGUUUUAUUUAUUCACUACAUAACUUUUUAUUUUACGUACAACUGUUUACAUGUUAUAGUCUAUAGAUUUCACAUGAGUUCAUGCACACAGUAAAAAAAAAAAAUACACAGAUUACAUCUUAAAAUAAUGAAAUGAUACUCCAAAAUAUCUCCUUGCCUAAAAACAAUCAAAAGUAAGACUGAAUAUUCACAGUUUUAGCUGAUAAAUUUGCUUUCAGUGAAUUGAAUUGAUGUAUUGUUUUUUUUCCUUGGGGGGGGAGUAUAUCAGUUAAGAUACAUUGUUUUAAUAAAAUCAUUUAAGAAUAUUGUAUUUUACUUCGCCUACUUAAAAAGGAGAAUCGAAGAAGCCAUUCAAGUAGCUGUUCGUGAGAAAUCAGAAUAUGAUUUAUUGUAUAUUCAGCGUGAAGUUGGAAAAACCAACAAAGAAUUGUAUGAUCGGAUUACUAGUCUACGAGCACAAAUUCAGUGGUGAUUUAUAUUGACACAUAACGGAAAUUUCUUUGAAACGACAUUAGUUUUAUCUACGUCUAAUCUAUUUUUUUAAAAGAAAAAACCUAUCUAUUUUUUAUCCUUUGUGAUUUACUUCAUCAAACUUGUAAAUACCGACUUGUGAUCAAUUGAUUUUUCCCAUAUAAUUUCUUUCUUCUAUUGUACACACAUUCAUUGAUUGUGCCAUUUUUUGCUCAUCUAAACAUUUAAUUUUGUAAACAAAAUACUGCUGUCACUACAAACGUAUUUCCAUUUAUUGUUUUUAUAUCAAUGCUUAGUUACACUUGGGGGGGUGUCAAUAAAUGUAUUUAUCUGGUUAAUCC